CAGCAUUGAGGCUGAGGAGUCAUGUGACGAGAAAGGGCUGCGACUUUAGAUGUCAGGAAAUCAGUUCGGGAGUGGAGAGAGAAAAAGAAUUAUUACUAGAACAAGCAGGUGUAGAAGGUCUUCAUCAUGUCUGGAUCAAAGGACCCACGUUUACUCGCUCAGACGAUUGGGUCAAACAUCCAGAACAUAACACAGCAGACAUAUGAAAUCCAGAGGCUAGUGAACCAACUUGGGACAGAGAGAGACACGCCGGAUCUCCGACAGCAACUGCAGCAGGAACAGCAGUCUGCAAAUCAGCUGGCUAAAGAUACAGAUAAAUGUCUGAAAGAAUUCAGCUCCUUACCAGUCACUCAUGAUCAGCGACAGAGGAAGAUUCAGAGAGAGCGGCUUGUCAACGAUUUCUCCAACGCGCUGGCAUUUUUGCAGAAAACUCAGAGACAAGCUGCACAGAAAGAGAAGGAGUUUGUGGCCAGAGUUCGAGCGAGUUCAAGAGUUUCGAGUGGUUUUGGUGAUGGUUUUGGAGGAAAUGCUUCACCUUUUGAGAGUGAGGCCCAGGCUCAGACACAGAGCUACGAUGAAGGCAUCACUGAGGAGGAUUUGCAUCUCAUUCAGGAGCGAGAAACAGCCAUCAGACAGCUGGAGUCCGACAUCACAGACAUCAAUGAAAUCUUCAAAGAUCUGGCUGUCAUGGUGCACGAACAGGGAGAUAUGAUCGACAGCAUAGAGGCCAAUGUGGAAAGUGCUGAGGUGAACGUUCAGUCUGCAACACAGCAGCUUUCCAGUGCUGCGAAUUACCAGCAAAAGUCUCGUAAAAAGAUGUGCAUCCUGAUUGUAAUCCUGGCCGUGUUGAUUGUGAUCGUGUCCCUCAUCAUCUGGGGUUCGCUUAAAGGAUAAAACUUCUUCUUCUAAAUUCACUUGAAUCGUCACAGGUGAACACUGCAAAACCAAACGGAGUUUCUUCCCUGGGCUUCCCCCCCAGUUAUUCUGGUUUAUGUAAAAGGUUGGUUUAAUUAAAAAAAAAAAAAAUGUUCACAAGAGUGAGGUCAUGGUGACAUCACCCACUAUAUAGAAGAAAAUGUAAUCUUUCUAAGCAAUGAUUAGCCAUUAUUUGAUGUUUGAGUCUCCAGAUCGCGACAAUUUUAACUUAUUCAACAUUUAAUAAAUCUCAUUCCUAUACUUCUGGAAUGCCAAGUAAUUUUUUUUUUUU